GGAUUCGUCACUGGCCCCCAUUGCCCAUCUCCCUCCCCAAAACUCGUCACUGCUCUCGGUUCUCUUCUUCCUAAUGAUUUCGCGUUUCCGAUUGUCAUUACAUUAAAAUAAUCGAAAAUUUCUGACAAAUUAAUUAACUCGCUAUCAUGACUCCAUUUGUCUCCGCACUCGACUCCACAUAGACACCCGGACGGAGGAGGACCCAAAAUCCCACCCCCACCAAUGGCCGGUGUCGCCGGCGACGACAUUCAGGCGACACUCCGCCUAGUCCAUGGCGUCGUGCAGCUGUCCGCGCAGGGGUUCGGCGGCGCUUUCAAGAAGGACUGUACGGAUCUUUCCCGGAGAGUUUCGCUUUUGGCGCAUUUGCUGGAAGAGAUCAGGGAUUCCGGUUGCACUUUGAUGCCGUCCGAUUCUCCGGCGUCGUCCUCGGCGGCGGCCAGUUGCUUGUCCGAUCUGGCGGUGGCCAUUCAGGCGGCGAAGAGGCUGCUCUCUGUCGCCGGCAAUUUCGAUCCGAAGAUCUCAUCUGAUGGGGCUGCCAAGAAAAUUGCCUUUCAAUUUCAAUGUGUGACAUGGAAGUUAGAGAAAGCUUUGGGGAACACACCUUAUGAUCAAAUUGACAUAUCAGAGGAAGUUCAGGAGCAGGUUGAAUUGGUGAGAGCGCAAUUGAGAAGAGCCACUGAAAGAUAUGGUGGGCCUUUAAGGACAACAAUAUUAUCUCGUGCCUUAUCCCAGCCACUAGACAAAGAAAUUGAUCUACAACCACUCAGCUGUAGGCUAACGGGAAGUUUGCAUAUAGAGAAUAUAGGUAAUAUUGAUCAUGACUUCAAAAGGAAGGCAGCUCCGGUCCCAACCGGCAAUGUUUCACAAGGCCACAGAGAAAUUCAGCCGAGUCUUGAAUCCGAAAGACCAAUAGAUUCAUUUGCAUCAUUGGUAGUGUGUCAACCAAAUAUUGACACGGGCAGGGAACUCAGGACAACCAUUGAUCAUCUGGAAGAGAAUAAAAAACGUGACUCUCCUGUCAUUCCUGUUGACUUUCUUUGCCCAAUAUCACUAGAACUAAUGAGAGAUCCUGUUAUUGUGGCCACGGGGCAGACAUAUGAGAGGUCGUAUAUACAAAGAUGGAUCGAUUGCGGCAACACAACAUGCCCAAAAACACAGCAAAAACUCAAGAAUCUCACUCUCACCCCAAAUUAUGUCUUGAGGAGCCUAAUUGCUCAGUGGUGUGCUAAGAACAAUAUGGAGCAACCAAUGGCAUUGACAAACGGCAGGAUAAAAAAGAGUGAUGGAUCAUUCCGUGAUGUUUCUGGGGAUAUAGCAGCCAUUGAAGCCCUUGUUCACAAGCUCUCAUGCUCAUCUGUUGAGGAACGCAGGGCAGCUGUUGCUGAAAUCCGAUCACUAUCCAAAAGAAGUACAGAUAAUAGGAUACUAAUAGCAGAAGCAGGAGCCAUUCCAACGCUUGUUAACCUAUUAACAUCCGAUGACAGUUUAACUCAAGAAAAUGCUGUCACCUCCAUUCUCAACCUCUCAAUAUAUGAAAACAACAAAGGACUUAUAAUGCUUGCUAAUGCAACUCCAUCUAUUGUCCAAGUCCUUAGAGCUGGCAGCAUGAAGGCAAGAGAAAAUGCAGCGGCAACCCUUUUUAGCCUGUCACUUGCAGAUGAGAACAAAAUAAUAAUCGGUGCAUCAGGAGCGGUACCAGCUUUGGUAGAAUUGCUCCAGAAUGGAAGUGUGAGGGGAAAGAAGGAUGCUGCAACGGCACUAUUCAAUUUGUGCACUUAUCAAGGAAACAGGGGUAGAGCAGUGAGGGCAGGGAUUGUUACAGCAUUGCUCAAGAUGCUUACUGAUUCAAGCAAUUGCAUGGUAGAUGAAGCCCUGACCAUACUAUCGGUUCUUGCCAGCCACGGAGAGGCUAAGGUAGCCAUCGUGAAAGCUAGCACUAUACCAGUCCUGAUUGAUCUUUUGAGAACAGGUUCUCCUCGUACGAAAGAGAACGCAGCAGCCAUUUUACUUUCCUUGUGCAAGAGAGAUACUGAGAAUCUCUCCUGUAUAAGUAGGCUUGGUGCUUUAAUACCUCUGUCUGAGCUUGCCAAGAGUGGCACCGAGAGGGCCAAGCGAAAGGCGACUUCAUUGUUGGAGCAUCUUCAAAAGUUGCAGCAGCGCUAACUUUCUAGCAAGUGUGGAGAAGUUAUUUCUUUCCGUUAUGAUUCCUUUUUUUUUUCAUCCUCUUUCUUCUUAUUCGGAUUAUUAAUUAAAUUAUUCCCUUUGGAUGUGAAAACUGAGUACAUAAGCAUGAGGAUGAAACUCUAUUCUCAUAGCUUUCUGUGAAUUCGUUUCAAGUGAUAAUUUCAUUCAAUCUGUUUUUUCUGAGA